AUGAAGCUCUCGGCUACUGACUGCUCUGAGCCUUCUGGCUCCUCAAAUCGUGGCGCCGAGGAUCACAUCUUCACAGUCUCAAAGCUGGAAAUCGCCGAGCAGCGCGGCAGGGCCAUUUCCACGCGCCUUGGCAUGGACAUUGAAACCUGGGAGAUGAGGACAACGCAAGCCGGUGAAACGGUGCUCCGUCAAGAUAAGCCACUCAGCCUCCGUGUGCGCUGGUACUGUCACCGCUGUGAUGGCGACAUCAACCCCAGAGGAACCUGCUCCAACUGCUCGCAUACCCGCUGCAAGAUAUGUAUUCGUCUGCACAGAGACCAAGAUAUCGAUGACGAUGUAGUUGGCAGACCAAACCGGCGCCACUACCCAAACGGCGACGAGGGUUACAUUGUUCCCGAUUCCGACUUGGCCGAUGCUGGCCUUCACCUCCAAAGGCGCGGCAAUCCUGGCAGCGCAGAUCUGGUCCUCAGAAGGCCCCGUCUCCGAGUGAGACGCACUUGCCAUGUCUGCCAGGCUGACUUCGCACAAGUCAGCCAGACCGUUUGCGACAAAUGCGAGCAUGUUCGCUGCACAGACUGCCCUCGAGACCCACCGAAGCACAGCAAGUACCCAUUCGGUUAUCCCGGUGAUGAAUUUGGCCCCAACAGCAUCCCCUACUACGAGUGUGGCGAGGAGAAGUCCGACGACUCGCCCAGGGCUCAACCGCGCGCCGUUGACCCAGAGUGCGACCCAAACUUUCUGCUGAGACUCGAGGCAAAGCUGAACGAGCUCCAAGCACGAGGGGCUGAUCCCUUUCUGGAUCAAGAAUAA